AUGAGCGCUUGUGAUGCUGGGCUGAGUGUCAUGGUGCUGCUGUGUGUGGCCGCUCUACCUCAAGGCGCUGUUUACAAUGACAAUAACAAAGUAUCGGGGAGCAUCCUUGGCCAGGUGCAGCAGUACGAGGUCACCCAUCCCAUCUGGCUGCAGAGAAGAAGACGGUCUCCCAGUGCGGAGCAGCAGCAGCAACAUCCUGCGAAAGCUCAGGUUGUGAUCAGAGCCGAAGGCCAGGAUCUCACCCUGCACCUGGAGAAGAAUGAGUAA